AGAGCAUGACUGGAAGAGUAGCAGCGGCGCAGGUUUGGCAAACGGUGUGGCUGAGUUUGGUGGUAGCUGCGGUGGUGGCGUCGGCAGUGGUCGGGACCGCGCAGGCGCGGCUGCCACAGGCCCAGCGGUGCUCCGGGUGCGAGGUGGUGGCCGGAGCGCUGGCUGGCUGGCUGUUUGACGAUCCGCCAGCGACGACGAUCGAGGUCGGCAGCGCGCUCAACGAUCCGACGUCGUACUCCAAGGUGGCGUAUGCCUCGUCGGAGCUGCGGGUGAUGGAGGCGGUGGAGGGGGUGUGCGGCGCGGUCCAUCGCGGCUCGGUGGCUGUGGUGUGGACGUACAACCGGGCUGAGCUCACCAACCGGACGACGCUGUCGGCGGAGGCCAACUCGACGUCGGCGCUACCUGGAGUGCCAAACGUGGCCAAGGCUCUCCGCGACGAGUGCCAUAUCAUGGUCGAUGCCCACGAGGAUGCGAUUGUGCAGGCGUUCUACGCCCACUACGAUUCUUGGAUCGAGGCCCGCGACGAUGCGGUCCGCGCUGUCGGCGGCGGCUCGCGCCGAGGCUGA